AUACUUAACUCCAUCAGGCACUUAUAUAAAUAGCCGUCUCCUCCCUUCUCUGCCUCACUUCAAACCUAGCUAGCUUCAGAAUUAUUCACGAGUAUUCCCUACUUGAGAAGUCCUCCCUGUAUAACUUGUAUUCUGCACUGUUUGCAGUCAUUAACUAGCUAUAGCUUUAGACAGUAACAAAAUGGUGAGUGGUGGCCAACUUUUGUCUAAGAUUGCAACUAAUGAGGGACAUGGAGAGAAUUCCCCUUACUUCGAUGGAUGGAAGGCCUACGAUAGGAACCCUUUUCACCCAACUGAUAACCCUGAUGGAGUCAUCCAAAUGGGUCUUGCAGAAAAUCAGCUUUCCUUUGAUCUGAUUAGGGAUUGGAUUAAGCAAAAUCCUGAAGCCUCCAUUUGCACUGUUGAUGGAGUUCAUAAGUUCAAGGAUACUGCCAACUUCCAGGAUUAUCAUGGCUUGCCAGAGUUUAGAAAGGCUAUUGCCAAAUUUAUGGGGAUGGUUAGAGGUGGUAGGGUUACAUUUGAUCCGGAUCGUGUUGUCAUGGGUGGAGGAGCUACCGGAGCCAACGAGUUGAUCAUGUUCUGCUUGGCUGAUCAUGGAGAUGCUUUCCUCGUUCCUACACCUUACUAUCCAGCAUUCGACCGCGACCUGACAUGGCGAACUGGUGUCCAGAUUAUUCCGGUUGAUUCCUGCAGCUCCAACAAGUUUCAGGUAACAAAGAAUGCGUUAGAAGCAGCGUAUGAUAGAGCCCAAGGAGCUGGCAUCAAUGUCAAAGGCUUGAUUAUAGCCAACCCAUCAAAUCCACUGGGCACCGUCUUAGAAAGGGAGACCCUAAAAGACCUGGUGAGCUUCAUCAAUGAGAGAAACAUUCACUUGGUCGUAGACGAAAUCUAUGCAGCUACCAUAUUCAGCUCCUCAAGCUUCAUAAGCGUCGCUGAGAUUAUCGAAGAGAUGGAUUGCAACCGCAAUCUCAUCCACAUUGUUUACAGCUUGUCUAAGGACAUGGGGCUCCCCGGCUUCAGAGUUGGCAUCGUUUAUUCAUAUAACGAUGAAGUCGUCAGGUGCGGUCGCAAGAUGUCAAGUUUUGGUUUAGUCUCUUCGCAGACUCAAUAUUUGCUGGCUCGCAUGCUUUCUGAUGAGGAGUUUGUGAAAAAUUUUCUUGCGGAGAGCUCGAGAAGGCUAAACAAAAGGCACAGUAUGUUCACAAAGGGGCUGGAACAAGUGCGGAUCAAUUGUCUAAAAGGCAAUGCUGGUCUUUAUGUUUGGAUGGACCUACACCAUCUUCUUAAAGAACCAACAUUCGACGGGGAAAUGACUCUGUGGAGAGUGAUUAUUGACCAGGUUAGGCUCAAUGUUUCGCCGGGCUGUUCUUUCCAUUGCAAGGAGCCUGGUUGGUUUAGGGUGUGCUUCGCCAAUAUGGACGAUCAAACUGUGGAAGCUGCACUGAAAAGGAUACGAGCAUUUGUGUGUAAGGGAAAGGAAGAUCAUCAGGAAAUGCCAACCAAGAAUAAACAGCGAUGGCAAAGAAAUCUCCGCCUCAGUUUCUCAGCUCGAAGAUUCGAAGAGGGAGUCAAGUCACCCCAUGUGAUGUCUCCUCACUCCCCAAUUCCUCACUCGCCGUUAGUUCGUGCUAAGUAAAAGGCAUGCAUAUCCUAGCGCCUACACCCAGUUCAGAAUCCAAUAUACAAACAAGUUAUUCAUAUCCCAUCACAUAUAUUAUAUCGAUACAUCGGGACUUAGGGAAGAAAAAUUACUAUAUCCUGCCAAUAUGGUUAAUUUAAUAAGGAGAAACUAUUAGAUGGUCAUUAUCUAUUUUUCGGUCCCAUUAGUUUGGAAACUUUUAGAUUUUUGUGGGAAUUUUAAUGUUUCAUAUGCGCAACAACUAGCACCUAACAAUCCAUGCAUCAUGUAUUUGAGCUUUAGCUUGCUGACCUAAGAAAUUAAUAUAUGAUUGUCCAUGUAUUAACUGUGCUAUUCAAUGCAAUGGAGAUGGUGUGUAAAAUUCAAGUAA